CAGCUCCCAUCUGAAAUGACCCUACUACAUAUCUCAUUGGCCACCCACCCUGUCUGUAAACCAAUCAACACUGUCUGUGUAGGCCUAACCUUCGUCUGUGUCUGUCGUCUGUGUCUGUCGUCUGUCGUCUGUGUCUGUCGUCUGUGUCUGUCGUCUGUGUCUGUCUGCGUGUGUGUAGAUGACAACAGGCUGGAGGAACUGAAGACUCUGCUGCCUGGACUGGAAGCUUCUUCUCACUUUAAACUCACUGCCAUCGACUUUGAGAAGGAUGAUGACUCUAAUUUCCACAUGGACUUCAUCGUGGCGGCGUCCAACCUACGAGCAGAGAACUAUCACAUUCCCCCUGCCGACAGACACAAGAGUAAGCUGAUAGCUGGGAAGAUCAUUCCUGCGAUAGCGACCACCACGUCGGCGGUCGUAGGUCUGGUCUGUCUGGAGCUCAUCAAGAUCGUUCAGGGACACAAGAAGGUGGAUUCGUUUAAGAACGGCUUCAUGAACCUGGCGCUGCCCUUCUUCGGCUUCUCAGAACCCGUCGCUGCUCCCAGCCACAAGGUACAGGGGAGGCCUUCCCACCCCGUCACCCUGAACAAGACGUAGUGAUACUUAAUCAGU